CCCUGGACAGGCUCCUCCUCCUCCUCCACCCUGCAUUGCAGUGCUCAAAACCGAACAGUCGCCAUUCAAAUUCACACAGUCGCCAGAACAAGAACAGCUUUCAACCGGACAUAAACAGCGCAGUCAUGCUGUACCUCGCUUUGUUUUUCAUCUCCGCAGCCGUCGCCACCCCUCUGUUGGGUACUGAACAGUGUGCCCGUGGUCCUCCCUACUGGUGCCACAAUGUGAAGACUGCCUCUAUCUGUGGCGCCGUGGUCCACUGCCAACAGAACGUAUGGAACCAGCCCCAGAUGAAAUCUGUGCCGUGUGACCUGUGUAAGGAGGUGUUGAUUGUGGUGGACCAGCUGCUGAAAGACAACGCUACUGAGGGUGAGAUCCUGGGCUACCUGGAGAAGGCCUGUGCCUUGGUUCCUGACAAGAAUCUGUCUGCAGAGUGUAAGGAGCUGGUAGACAGCUACUACCCUAUCCUUAUGGGUAUCAUCACUGGAGAACUGGAGGAUCCUCAGGUGGCUUGUGGUGCCAUGGGGCUGUGUGACUCCCAGCAGGCAGCUCUGGCCAGGCUGGCUAAGCUCAAGUCCAACCAGAUCCCCCAGCUCACGUCCAAUGAGAUCCCCCAGGUAGACCUAGCCCAGAGGGUCGCCCCCUUCCUCCUCAACGUCCCUGGGCUCCUCUACCCUCAGGCGCAGGAUAACACCAAGCAGGAACCUGCACAGGUACAGGAGUCUGGAGACGUGUGUGAGGACUGUGUGAAGUUUAUCACAGACACUCAGGAGGAGGCGAAGAGCAACUCCACUUUUGUCAACACUCUGAUCGAGCAGAUCCAGGACCAGUGUGACCUGCUGGGGCCUGGUAUCUCUGACCUGUGCAAGCAGUACGUCAGCCAGUACGCCCCUCUUAUCGUCCAGCAGCUGAUGUCCAUGGAACAGCAACCCAAGGAUGUCUGUACCUUUGCUGGCUUCUGCUCUGCUGAUGUGAAGAGCUCUGUCCCCAUGAUGAAGCUGGUGGCUGCCAAAACCAUCCCCGCUGUCAAACUGCUUCCUGCCACUAAGAUGGAGGCUGUCAAGCCUGCCACGAACAUGGUGCGUGCCCGUGACUCCCCUCAAUGUGCCAUGUGUGAGUUCAUGAUGAAGGAGUUGGAGAGCAUGCUGCAGGAUGAGAAAACGGAGCAAGAUGUGGUGCGUGCUGUGGAGAAGGUGUGCGCUGUGCUGCCCUCCUCCCUGUCGGUCCAGUGUAAGGACCUGAUUGAGGCCUACGGCCAGGCCAUCAUUGAGCUGCUGGUGCAGGAGGCCGACCCGAAGACUAUCUGCACCGUGUUGGGGCUCUGCAAGGACGCCAGCCGCGCCUUCAUCCCGGUGCUGAACAUGGCCCGGGUGGAGGCGGGUGGGUUCUGUGAGGUGUGUAAGGUGGCUGUGCAGUACAUCGACGGUAUCCUGGAACAGAACGCCACAGAGGCACAGAUCGAAGACGCAGUCAGGAAAGUCUGCAGCUUUGUCCCGGAGACCGUGAGGAGCGAGUGUGACCAACUGGUUGAGCAGUAUGAGCCCAUGCUGGUUCAGCUCCUCCUGCAGAUGCUGGACCCUGACUUUGUCUGCAUGAAGUUGGGGGUUUGUUCUGAGGCAGUGCAAAGGCUUCUGGGUAUGGAGCAGUGUAGCUGGGGACCUGCCUUCUGGUGCAAGGACAUGGACUCCGCGAAACGCUGCAACGCGGUGGCACAUUGCAGGCGUCACGUGUGGGAAUAGAGUGGAGAAGACCUCCCUAAACGGACCCUUUAGGAAAUCAAGGAGAAACACUAGCGCUGCUUUAAGUUUUGAAUCAAUAAAUACAACUUCUUUUUUUCUUUAAACAUGUGGAAUUUAAUGUUGUUUUUUUGCUCUCGUCUAAAUGAAUUUACCAGGCAGGUUUGAGAGGAGGGAGUGGACGCCAGUUAAUGUGGGGGAAGAGGUGGUAUUGGGGCUUCGAGAGGGAAUCUACCUACCUGACUGUUUAGUUACAGGGACAAACCUCCAAACCGAUACUGUACUGACUAUUUUACUAUUCCUGGGUUUGUGUAAAGCUCUCAUUAGAUUUGUCCUGGACUGAAACGCACGGAUUGCUUCCUUCGUUCAAGAAAGUGGCCCAUUUCAAGUAUGUGAAGCAGAUGGGCGAGAAGAUGAAUACUGCUGUGUCUGUGUGAAGGGGUGCUACUUCCAGUUGAGUCUUAGUGGGUCCUUUUGCCCUCUAGCCAACUCGUUGCCCUACCUACCACCAUCCCUCUAGCCUACUCGUUGCCCUACCUACCACCAUCCCUCUAGCCUACUCGUUGCCCUACCUACCACCAUCCCUCUAGCCUACUCGUUGCCCUACCUACCACCAUCCCUCUAGCCUGCUCUUUGCCCUACCUACCACCAUCCCUCUAGCCUACUCGUUGCCCUACCUACCACCAUCCCUCUAGCCUGCUCGUUGCCCUACCUACCACCAUCCCUCUAGCCUGCUCGUUGCCCUACCUACCACCAUCCCUCUAGCCUGCUCUUUGCCCUACCUACCACCAUCCCUCUAGCCUGCUCUUUGCCCUACCUACCACCAUCCCUCUAGCCUACUCGUUGCCCUACCUACCACCAUCCCUUGCAGUGACGGUAUAGAUCUUAAUUUUCUGGGAUGUUUUCUGUUUAACGAAGUCUCAUUUCCUUAAAGCAGAUUUAAAUCUCUAGUUUGUAGAAACGGUUGAAUUGUGUAGAAUACUUCGUUUUAUUAUUAAAUUGGGUGGUUCUGAAAUGGUACCUUUGUCCCUAAAGUAGUGCUUUUGAUAUAGGGAGUAAGGUGCCAGUUUUUUUUUUUUUUUAGUCGUGACCUGUGUACAUUUUUGUUGGCUUGUCUGUUGCCGUGGGUGACGAAUCCACUUUAGCACCAAGGGGUGUGGUCUAAAAUGUGACUCCCUGCCCUGUGUCCCUAAUGGCACCUUGGUCCCUAUGGGCCCUGGUCAAAAGGAGUGCACUAUAAAGGGAACGAGGUGCCAUUGGGGAUGGAGACCUCUAACAACAUGCUCAUGUGCACCCUCCCUGUCAAGCCUGUUUUGCAGUGUCCCACUCAGCCAACCAAUGUGCUGACUGACCUCACGCUGUUUAUGCUAAUCAAUGUUUCUAAUGUAACGAUGGAGAGCUUGUUGUGACCAAUAAUCGCUGGCUGACGGCCUCUCUCUUCAGCCUGAAACUGAUCGAUCGGUCAAUUUUAACUGAAAUAAAAUGAUCCCAAAUCCA